AUGGAGGACGACAGCGGUUACUCACAACCUGCCACUUCCCGCGCUCUUGCAGAUAUUAGCGUCACUGCAGGCAGACGUAACAGCAACAACUACUCGAAGAUGGAUGGACCAUACGAUGAUGACAUUCCAAAUUCUUCCCCCUAUCCAAGUUCAUACAACGCCCCGACCAAGUCGGCUUCCCCUCUCAAUUUCUGGCAGGACAAGUUGCAGGAAAACAUGACACACUCCGGAUUGAAGCCCUCGACUUCCCAGCGACGGACUUCAGUUGAGAGACUCAGGGGCCGCGCUCAAGUCUCUAGCAACCUUUUCCAAAAUUCUAGCCCUCUCCCCAGCAGCACAACCGGUUCCAUCAGAGCCAAACCUGCCGGUUCAAGGCUCCCAAUCCCCACAUCUUCAAAACAAAACACUCCAGUCAAGGGCGUCAACACCACCGGUGCCAGCAACAUCUCCGGCUAUGGUGCUAACCCCGACCAACAGAGAUCUACACCACCCCCUGCUAGACCGAUCUCAAUCCUUUCCCCUCCCCGUCCCGAUGAUUCUCACCUUGUCAUUUCUAGUCCUCCCAGAAACAAACAGGUCACUUUCACUGCUGCCCCGCAGGUUCAGAUGUUCGUUCCCACCACACCCGAGCCGUCUGUUUCUGCUUCUGAAAACACGUACGAGACCGAGUCUGAGGAUGAAACCGAAGAUGAUGAAGACUAUAAUAUGCCCGUUGUCGGUCCGGAAGACUGGGACGAUGAUUCGCAAGAUCCCGCCCUAGUUCAGCCGCAGGUUCAACACUUGAAGGAAGAAAAUAUCCACCGAGAUGCUGCUCCAUCACCAAUUGGUAGUCGCCCAUUGCCUCCAAUACCUCCCACUACUACCGAUUCUCCAGCUGGUACUCCACCACGUCGACUACCACUCCACGAACGUCUCGAGAUGGUUAUGAGGUCUAGUUCUCCAGUAGCUGGCGGGAGACCUGCUCCUCCUCCCCUUGCAGAAAUUGCUCAGGAAUAUUUCCCAACACUAGAAGAUGAGGUCGAAGAAACAGAUUCUGAAGUCACGGACUCAGAAGUUGGCAAUGAUGAAGGCUUCAGCCCGGUUAUUCUAGCCGAGGAAGCUCUAAGCGAUGAUGAUAUGUCGGACGGCAAUCUUUCGCGCCAGUUGUCCUUCUCCAGCAACAAGGAGAACAUUGAUGUCAGGAGACCGGACCCGGUACCAGCGCGAACAGCCGAGGACAUUCUCAAUGCCGAAUUCCGUAUUCCCAGGAUUUCAAGGGAGUCGAUCCGCCGCCAAGUUCAAGCCAAUAGGGACCAACCAACGGACGAACCAGUUUUCGCAUCUCCGGAACCAAGGAGACAAUCUAACGGUGUCAAUAACUUCGCCAAUCCUGUUGAGCAAAAAGCUCCCCCGGCCCAGAAUGCUAGGAUGGAUCUUGCCACGCUCGCACAAAAAUUGAACACCGAUCAAAACGAGAUGGAGGUUCUUCCCAACAUUCUAGGGCGGCAAGCAUCUUUCCGCAGAAGCUUUAUCGCCAACCCAGCUGCCGCUACUGAGGAAGAGUAUGAUUCGCCUGUUGGAGAGGAUGACGAGUCAAGAUACAGCACUGACUCGGAAUACGAGAGACGACAUCAAUAUGAGGAGUAUGAAGAGGACGAGAGCCAACCCGCCACCCCAACUCAGGCUUCAUUCGCCAGCGCUUUCGGGUCUUCGACAGAAUACCACGAUGAUAACGAGAGCCAAGCUGAUCUAGAUCUUCCUGAGCUCGGGAAGCUGUCCUUGAACGACGCUGCCUCUAGCAACUCUUCCCACACCCUAGUUGAGCAGCAACCCAUGCAUAAACCUAGUGACUUCUUCCCUCGUUCUCGUAACAGAAAUCUCUCCGAUAGUGACUACGAUGAACGAGCUGAUAGUAUGAGCAUUUGCGAGUCCGUCAUUCGUCAUGAUAUCUACGAUUCCGAUGACUACGAGGAUGAUGAGAGCAUGUGGGAUGCUGAAUCUCUCCGCGCGAGGACCCCAUCUCCGGUUCCAGCUCAACGGGCCACCAUCAGAUCCGCUAGUGGCAUUAUGCUAAAGACCCGAAAGAGCUCUACUCCGGCUGAUAUCGCGACAAUGGCGGCUGCGAGGCGACAUGUGAGCCGCGCUGAGGAAGUGCCACCGGUUCCUGCUGUCCCUCCAGUUCCCAAGAUCGAUACUGCCUUUUUAGGAAACAAGGACGCGAAGAAUUCCGAAGUUGAAGCUAAAGAGGAGAAGGUUGAAACUCCUAAAACAGAAACCCCAGAGACUGAGACUCCCAAGGCCGAGAAGAUCCAACAAGUAAUUGUUCAGCCGGAGGAAAUUAAAACGGAAGUAGCCAAGCCAGAGAAAGUACAGGUCAAGGAUGAAGCUGUUGUCGAAGAGGAGGCAGAAGAAGCAGAAGAAGAGGAAGAAGAGGAGGAGGAGGAGGAGGAGGAAGAAGACCGACCUUCUACUUCUGGCUCUCAGAGUACCAUCGGCGAGGAACCGGUCAAGAAGGAAAAGGCCCCAGCCCAACGAACCUCGCAACUCGCUCUUCCAUCGCUUGGCCUCAACCUCAACAUGGGUAGCAGCCUUUCUGUCGAACUUGAGCGCGUCAUCGAAAGCCAGAAGCGAGGAUACCUCAUGAGAGAAAACUCUAAGGUCGUCCAUGCUUCCACUCGUGAAGAACCAAGCACACCUUCGACUAAAACCCCUACCCAUAAGAAGACUCAAAGUUGGACCGUGGAACCAUGGCAAGGCUCCCCUGGCUCUACUACUCCCCGCCGACGCAGCGGGCGAGGCGACAGCGUCAAGAGAAAAUCCUUGGAUACCGGCCGCCAACACCACGCUGCAGCGAUGGCCCAAGCGGCUAAAGCCACCGAGUUGUCAGUUGUUGAGGAAGAUAACAAGGACGCACGAGCAGCUGUUGCCGAAGCAGUAGCUGAUACCGCACCCGAGAACGCCAUGGGUGGUGAAGGAGCGGAACGUGGACGAUUCUUCGUUAAGGUUGUCGCCGUCAAAGACCUACAACUACCACUCCCACAGAACGAGUCCAGUUACUUUUGUAUGACAUUAGAUAAUGGGCUCCACUGCGUUACCACCUCUUGGUUGGAGCUCGGAAAGAAUGCGCCUAUCGGACAAGAAUUCGAACUCAUUGUUCUUGAUGAUCUUGAAUUCCAACUCACCCUUCAGACAAAACUUUCUCCACCCCCAGCGCCUAUUACUCCCCCAGAGGUUUUUGUCGCUCCCACUCCAAGUCCGACCAAGUCUAAAUCCAGAUUUGGUAAUUUCUUUGGUUCCCCAAAGAAGCGCAAAGAGCAAGAACGACUUCUCCAACAGCAACAGCAGCUCCAACGCCAACAGCAGGCCGCUGUUGCUGCCCAGCGUCGUGCCGCGCCACCAUCGUCUUGGGAAUUACUCCACAACCUAGUCGCUAAGGAUGGGAGCUUUGCUAGGAGUUAUGUUAGUGCCAAAGACUUCGAAGAUAAAGCUUAUGGUCGUCCGUACAUCAUUGAGGUUCCUUGUUUCAAUGAGUGGGCAGUCGAGGUUAGCAGCCUCAAGGGCAAAAAGAAUGUCCCUAGUCGCAAGCCGCCUUAUAAGAUCGGCCGUUUGGAGAUUCAACUUCUUUUCGUCCCUAGAUUGCCAGGAAUGACUGACGCCGACCUGCCUAAAAGUAUGAACGCAGCGAUUCGGGAUAUAAGGGAAGCCGAGAACGUUGUUAAUCAAACAUACGAAGGAUAUCUGUCGCAGCAAGGUGGUGACUGUCCCUAUUGGCGCCGCCGUUGGUUCAAGCUUGAAGGAUCGCGCUUAACUGCUUACCAUGAGAGUACCCGUCAAUUACGGGCUAACAUCAAUUUGGCCAAAGCAGCUAAGGUCCUUGAUGAUCGCAGCACACUUACGAGUCAGUCUGGUUCCAAGAAACGCCGUAAGUCCGGCUUUGCAGAGGAUGAGGAGGGCUACAUGUUCAUCGAAGAAGGCUUCCGUAUCCGUUUUGCCAACGGUGAAUGUAUCGACUUUUACGCCGAUAGCACCAAGGAGAAGGACGGAUGGAUGAAGGUCUUGAAUGAUACCAUUGGCCGUGCCUCCGAUGGCAAGAAUUGGUGCGAUUUUAUCUUGAAAAAAGAGCGCGACGAUAAACUCAAGUCUCCACCUCCACCUCCUAAACAAAGCAUGAUCCCGACUACUCCCAAGACUCCUGUCCAAAAGACAUCCUCCCACUCAAGGAGCCAGAGCGCAGUCUCUGCUCCUAACUUCCAACAAUUGGGCAUGACACCGAGUUCCGCGGGCACUGGUACCCCGGUAAGACCAAGAACAGGUCUUCCACCCCGCGGUUCGGCCCGUCCCCAGUCCCACUAUGGUGGCAGCACGAGAUAA